UGUACACAAUCAAAUCAACACAGUGUUUAGUUCACUUCCUGUUUACAGUAGGGGCUUACUACCUACCUGUUAUUAGGCGUAGGCGAGCCUGAGGUAGAGCUUGGCUCAUGGAUUAAAAACUAAAACAACUAAAACUUUGACUUGACACGAAAAGUUUUAAACCAGGUUACAUGAACUUCAAUUAGACUAUCUGAACAACAUAGCUGAAUCUUAGGUGUCACUAACUUGAGGUUGUGGAUGUCUGAGGUUAUCCCUGGCCAGAAGACAGAGGCCUCAGCUCUGGCCAUCAUGGAGGAUGUGCCUUUGUUGUGCCGAGUGGAGAGAAUCCAGCACCUUCCUGCGCAGCGAUAGAGGGACAAUAAUGCGAUCUUUGUAUAGUAUAGGACUGCGCCAUCAAGCUGGGCUCGGUUGUGAAAGGACGAGAGUGCACCAUCAGAGAACACCACAAAUCAUGGAUAGAACGUGGAGCCAUCGAGGAGUCUCCUACAGAGUCUGUCUGGUUUCCCUCCUUGUUGGCAUAUGGCCGUUUUUGCUGGGGUUUGGUGCCCCAGACUGGCUGUGGUUUAAGAAGUCUGGUAUGAACGGCACAGAGAUGGAUGGUACCUUUGGCCUGUGGGAGCUGUGUGUAGACAACCAAUGUUCCAGUAAUCCUGUCAUUGGAAAUGAGGUGGUUGAUGAUUGGUUCAUCGUGGUGGUCAUCCUCCAGACCCUGGCCCUGCCCUUCUACAUCCUGGCUCUGGUGUUAGCCCUACUGCAGAACUUUACACCUCGCAGCUGGCUGCAGUCCAUGCGAUUGCGGAGGUUGCGGCUGUUGCUGCACCGUGACAGUGAAACUCCAGAGGAUCUAGCUUUUGUGGCAGGUUUCUUGGGUUUUGUUGGCAUCAUCGUAUUCAUGAUAAUGACGUCGGAGGAAGUGUCUCAUGGGGCGUACUACUCCUGGGGCUUUGCCAUGUCCUUCACGGCAGCCAGCAUUUUGGUCAUCACAGGGGUCAUCAUGUGCAAGACACACAGCCCAGCACUGCCCAGCCCCACACAACCUUCUGAGCCACGAGUAGUGCACACCAUGGCUCCUGCCGCUGCAGCGCGGGCUGGAGACCCCCGGGAACCAUGGUGGCGCUGGUGACCAGGGCUGUCAGUGGCUCCUGUUAUAUGCUAUUUCAUGUGCUUACCAAGGUUGUGAUCUGAAUAUAUAUACUGCUGUCUUUCUCAUUGGAGGGGCUUUGUUGUCUCUGUGAACUCAAACUGUCUUGUUUUUUUAAUUGUAGAAACAAAUUUUAAUAUUCUUUGAGAAUAUUUGAAGGAAAAAUGUAUACAUCUUUAACACAAUUGCCUCCCUGAAACUUAUGUCAAAACCUUAAUGUGUCUUGUUUGCAUGUAGCCUUGUAUGGCAGAAUCAUAUGUAUUACAACACACAGCUAUGUGCUACCUUCCAAUCAUGACAUAGCCAGCCCUUUAUUGCAGAAUGUAUAGGACAUUCCUGUUGCAAGAGGUGUUACAAAUGGCCCUUCAUGCCUGGUUCCGAGCACCAGGUCUAUAAAGUCUGUCACUUGUGAUCUUGUGUGGGAAUAAAAGGGAAGCUUUCAAAUGAAUCUUGUGCAAGGAAAUAUUUGUCAUGGUAUCGGGGAUGAAAUGUGAUAACUUUCAUUGAAAUUGGAUUCUUGUUUGGAAUGUGAUUAUGAUGUGAGGUGAGUUGUUUUGUUUAUGCUAGAUGGGGGCAACAGGUACUACCUACACUGUCACUAACCGAUGGCACCUGUAAGUUUGUCCUCAAACAUAGUUCCAGAGUUCUUUGCAUAUGCUUCUGCUGAAACUGAAUGGAAAAAUAA